AAAACAGCACUCACGCGGAACCACGGCUCCUGUGGAAUGAGGUUUUGCGCGCCAGGGAUGGCGGUGACCGGUGACCCGGUGAUACCGUGUUAAAACCCUCGACCUCCUCCCCCUCCAUCAGCCCCGAGAGAGGGGACCGAAGCUUGCGAUCAGGGGGAGGGGGGGGGGUUCUCUCUCAUCCUCACCUUCACUCGUUUCUCCCACUCCGUACCGGAGUGCCCGUCGGCACGGGGGGAAUGCGACUCGCCACGGCGGUGACGUUUCUCACCGGCUGCGCCUUGAUUCUCUCUCCGGGCAGCGGGGCCUGUGGCCCGGGCAGAGGGUACGGGAAGAGACGGCCACCGAGGAAGCUAACCCCACUCGCCUACAAACAGUUCAGCCCCAACGUGGCCGAGAAGACGCUGGGAGCGAGCGGCAGGUACGAGGGCAAAAUAACCCGCAACUCGGAGCGCUUCAAGGAGCUCACGCCCAACUACAACCCCGACAUCAUCUUCAAGGACGAGGAGAACACCGGCGCCGACCGGAUGAUGACGCAGAGGUGUAAGGACAAGCUGAACUCUCUGGCCAUCUCGGUGAUGAACCUGUGGCCGGGCGUGCGUCUGCGCGUGACCGAGGGCUGGGACGAGGACGGCCACCACUCCGAGGAGUCGCUGCACUACGAGGGCCGCGCCGUGGACAUCACCACCUCCGACCGCGACCGCCACAAGUACGCCAUGCUGGCCCGGCUGGCCGUGGAGGCCGGCUUCGACUGGGUCUACUACGAGUCCAAAGCCCACAUCCACUGCAGCGUCAAGUCAGAGAACUCUGUGGCGGCGAAGACAGGAGGCUGUUUCCCAGGGGCGGCGUGGGUAACCCUGGAGGAUGGGCGUCGCCAGCUGAUGCGUGACCUUCGACCUGGAGACCGCGUCCUGGCCUCGACCGAGAGCGACGGCGGCGGCGACCUCCUCUACAGCCCCGUCCUCAUCUUCCUGCACCGUGACCCCACGACCCGGAAGCACUUCUACGUCGUCAUCACCGAGAGCGGAGCUCGCCUAUCACUGACGGCGGCCCACCUGCUCUUCGCCUCGGACGGUCCCUGCAACAGAACCCGGACCUCAGGCGACCUACGGACCAUAUUUGCCAGCCAGGUGCAGCCAGGCAUGUGUGUGGUGGUGACCUCCGAACGGCAGCCAGGGGGCAGCGUUGAGUCAACCCCUCGGCUGUCUCGCGUGGUGGGGGUGCAGGUGGGGGCGGGCCGGGGCGUGUUUGCCCCCCUCACGGAGCACGGGACGCUAGUGGCGAACGGGGUGCUGGCGUCAUGCUACGCCGUGGUGGAGGAUCAGGCCCUGGCCCACUGGGCGUUCGGCCCGCUCAGAGUGCUCCUCCGCUGGACCGGACCCGACCGGAACCGGGCCUCUGGCCUGCACUGGUACUCACGAGCCCUGCACUGGAUCGGAACUCAGAUUCUUGACUCAACACACUUCCAUCCCUGGGGGGUGUAGCCUUGGAGCGAG